GCCUUCCUCCACCUUUACUCCAACCUCCCUUCCUCCCUCCCUCUCUCUCCCUCUCUCCCUCUCCUCAUCUGCUGUCACCUCUUCUUCCUUCCCCCACCCCCCUUUCCCAGCCUUUCACCUUUGUUUUCUUCCCUUCCUCUCUUCCUCCAGCGAAUGAUAUACGAAAACCUUUGAAAAACUAAUAAUGUAGCAAACCUAGGCACAUACAAAUAAUUUUGUGCAUUUUUUCGUGUGCCGUGCUCUACAACUACCCGAUUCUGUUUGCAAAACUUGUACUUCUUAACAGUAGUUUCGAAAGUACUGUGCGUAUUGUAAUAUUAUCGUCUGUUUCUCUCUCUCUCCCUUUUUUCAGCCAUGCCGUAUCUAGUGUACACAAGUGGAUCGACAAUAUUCAGAGUCAGCACGGAUGGUAGUUCGACUGAAGUGGUUCUACAGAGUCCGGGAUCUGUGAACAAGCUGGGCAUCGACUUUGACUAUCGUAAUGGUCGUCUCUUCUGGGUGGACUCGACGCUGCUGAGAAUAAUGUCAUCCUCUAUCAAUGGAUCAAAUGUUCAGACUAUUGCCUUGUCUGGUGGCUUUCUUACACUGGAGAGACUGGCGUAUGACUGGCUGACAGACAAGCUUUACUGGACCGACUAUGGCGCAGCCCAGAUAGGGAUGAUUGAUCUGAAGACGAUGACCAGAAUGGUCAUUCUGCAGACUGGACGACAGCAGCUUAGCAGACCCAGAGCAUUCAGACUUGACCUUAAGAGACGACAAAUGUACUGGAUAGACUGGUUGGACGAGUCUGGGUCGGCUCUAAUUGAAAGAGCUUCCAUGGACGGUAGUGAUCGACAAGUGAUUGUCAACACCGUUCGCUCGAGACCUUACGACCUUGCACUCGACGUUGAAAUGGGGAAAAUCUACAUCAUCGACGGCUAUCACGACACCAUAUCAUCCAUGGAUUUGGAUGGGUCCAACAGCCAACAGCUGCAACUGUUCCCCUCGAGUAUCGUUCCCUUUUCCCUCGUGUACCAUGACGGAGUUCUCUACUGGACUGAGAGGAGAAUUAGGCUGAUAUCAAGGCUGACGGUGGGCGAUAACGAACCGAGACAGCUGGGGAACGUGAGCGUGAUGACUAGGCGACCUGCCGGACUGGUCAUGAUCUCUCCAGAUUUACAACCUGACUACGAAAACCCUUGCUCUGCCAGCGGGUGUAGCCACAUAUGUAUACUCAGCUCUUACGACGUGAGAGGAUUCACCUGUGCCUGUGGGGAAGGAGUCGAACUGUUAGAAGACCAGCUAACAUGCAAAGGGACACUCACAGUUGCUCCCACGACCACCGUAACGUCUCCUACAAUAAUAAAUCCUCCACCGACUUCUGCAGUUCUGUUGGUCCCAUCAUCAUCAUCAUCAUCAAUACCAGUAGUGUCUCCAACUUCAGUCACUCCUCCUAAGCCCUGUCCAUGCAUGAAUGGUGGAGAUUGUCGCAGACAACAAGGGUCAAAGGUGCAAUGUCUCUGCCCUGUCGACUAUACAGGAGACCUGUGCGAGAAACACAUCAACGACACUGGUGUGUGCGACCAUCCAAUCAAUGCCAUCCAGCCUCUCUGUGAGAACGGCGCAACCUGCGUCAACACAGGUGUCUUUGAAUACCACUGCGAUUGCAGACCUGGAUUCGAAGGCCGAUACUGCGAGAAGAGAAUCAACUAUGGUGUAUGUAAUGAGACCAAGCCUUGCUACAACGGUGGAGUGUGCAUUAAUCAGGAUGAAGACCCUGGCUUUACGUGCAAGUGUCCGAAAGGGUUUACUGGAUACAACUGCACUUUCGGAAGCCUAGAAGGUACUGAUCCUGCCGUCAGUUCAGGAGUAUUUGUUGGAGUAGUGGCUGGGUUUGUAGCAGUUGUCAGCGUUCUCCUCGUCGUUAUCAUCUGCGUCUUUGCAAUGCUCAAGAAACAGAGAGAGAAAAACAAAGCCCUGGAAGGGUCAGCAUCAAGUAGAAGCAACAGUCCAAUGAUAAAGACGAAGAGGAUGAUGUAUAGAUCAGACGAGACUCCAAGCUCCACGGACACGGCCAACCAUGACUACUGGCUUCAGUCUCAACCCUCCAUCAUCCGAGGACAGACCAACCUCUACUCACAGGGGCCGAGAAGGGUACCACCCAACCUGAGAGCGUACGCCAAAGCUGAAAGUUUUGACGAACUCAGCCGAGAAAGCAAAGUGUUGACCGUCUGACUAGCUAGCCCCUUCACCCCCCCCCCCGCCAUUCAGUUCAAUCAAUAAAUAAUUAUAGGUAUAUACACCCUCUAAAGCCUCUAUAGCCAACGAAGAUUAUCAAACAUUAUUUUUCCUCAUCUUUAAAUUAUUAUUAUUAUAACGUACUUUUUGUGUGUUACCAUGUGGCACCUGUGGCACAUUUGCUGUGUAUAAAAUAGCAUAUCAUACUGCAUUGGUUUUCAUUUAUCAUCAUCCUUGACAUUGAUUCAGAGCACACAAAGCAAUCAUUCUCACUUUCAUCAGUUUAUCAGUAUGUAUUUCUGUUGUGUAUGUUCACAGAUCAAUCAGUUGUGUUAUACUAAUUGCAUGAAAGCAGAUCGGAUCUAGCUAUAAAUUAUACCACGAUUGUUGCACGAGUUGGUUAUACAGGUAGAAGAUAAACUGUGGCACUGCAACUCUAGUACACCGGUAUAUACCUAGCUAUGACAUAAUUAUACAUAAUGAUAACUAAAACUGACAAGGAAGAGAACAAGUUAAUAAAACUAGUGCCUCAACAAAAUGGCACACUGGACGGAGACUGCUUUGUAGAAAAUGGAAUUUACUAUAAGGUGCCUUCACAUCAGCUGUAUGUCAAUAGAACCCCUUACAUCGUAAACACAAAUGAAAUUUCCCUGAAGCAUGGACGGAGGGAUUUCAAACAGACCAGAGAUUUCAUGGAGCCACACUCGCUGUCCGUUCACCAGUCGCGGAAAGGUGCUCAUGCACCAUCCGUCGAUGGCAAAUGGAAUCUCAAACUGUCCUUUGACUUCCGUCCAGGUUACAUCUAGAACAGCCAUGGCUUUCUGCCCAGGCUGCAGUGUGACAUCAACACUCUCGGUCACUAGAACUUUCUCAGAGUUGGAGCAAGUGUAGCCGGCGGUGUUUUGAAUGGAGAGAGGCUGUGAAGACACAAAGUGUCUGGUUCCAGGGUGUACUAAAUGGAGAGGGAUCUCUUUGUUGAAUGACACGUCACUCUCCUGUGUGACAGUCACAGAAACACCCCUUGUGUGCACAGAUUCCAACUCCACACGCAGUGUCAGCGGCUCGAAAGAGUCAUUUGCAACGAUCUUCGAGUCUCCAGUUGUAACUCCAGUGGACUGCUGGAGAUUGUUCAGAAUUGGGUCUCUCUGAAUCGUGUGACAGAAAUGCCCAUACUCCAUGCAUAUCCCGUCAUUCACGCAGACACUGUCAGGCUCCAUGCUGUAAAUGUCCCUCAGUCUCUCGUGGAAUGAAUAUCUGGGGAGUCCAAUCUUUUCCAGAUCUUUCCACCUGCUCAGAACCUGGUUAGGACCACUGCCUUUCUCGACAGCAGGCCGGCAUCUGGGAACGUAGCUCUUCUCCACUGCUGCCAUACCUUACUCAGCUUAUGAGCAGAAUCUGUCUCCAAGCUCAGGUUUAAAAUGCUGCUUGCUUCUGUAGACAGAGAAUGUCUAUAUAUAUAGCAAGGAUUCCUUUCACUUCCCACUAGUUUCUUGUAUAGUCAAUGGUCACUGCGACUGUAGACUGAGUGUUGACUUACAGGAACCUGAACCAUGCUAUGGCAUACUUUAGCAGAACUAGAAGCACUCUAAGCUGUUGUUUGCUCACUGAGAGACCUACAAACACACAGCAGUUAGAAAUUCAUCUGACCAUGUUAGGUAAUCAUAGCUAUCACAACAUACUUCGUGGACCAUUUAUACACUUAGUUC